AUGGCAUAUAACUUCUCCCUUACCACCUUCUCCCCAAGUGGGAAACUGGUACAGAUUGAGUAUGCCCUCAAUGCCGUGAACCAGGGUGUCACCGCAGUAGGAAUCAAGGCUACCAAUGGCAUUGUCCUCGCGACCGAGAAGAAGUCCUCGUCCCCGCUUGCCGACCCGAGCUCCCUCUCCAAGAUCAGCCUCGUAACGCCCAACAUCGGUAUGGUGUACGCCGGUAUGGGACCCGACUACAGAGUCCUGGUAGAUCGCGCCCGCAAGGUCUCGCAUUCUUCGUACAAGCGCAUCUACAACGAAUACCCCCCGACCAGAAUAUUAGUGCAGGAUGUGGCGAGGGUCAUGCAGGAAGCUACGCAGUCCGGUGGUGUACGGCCGUACGGUGUCAGUCUCCUCGUUGCCGGCUGGGAUGAGGGCAUUCUUCCUGAUGAGGAGAUUGAGGAGAGGAGCACCGAACUCGGCGACAAGAAGUUGUCGGGCAAGACUGGUGGUAUCCUUAAGGGCGGCCCUAUGCUUUACCAGGUAGACCCCUCGGGAAGUUAUUUCCCCUGGAAGGCGACCGCUAUCGGCAAGGCGGCCCCUCAGGCGAAGACUUUCUUGGAGAAGAGGUACUCGGAGGACCUCGAGCUGGAGGAUGCCAUCCAUAUUGCGCUUCUCACCCUGAAGGAGCACAUUGAGGGUGAGAUGAGCGGAGAGACGAUUGAGAUUGGCAUUGUUGGUCCUCCGGCGGACCAUCUGCUCGGAAUUGAGGGUGUUGAGGGUGCAAAGGGACCUCGCUUCAGGAAGCUGACCCCUCAGGAGAUCGACGAUUACCUUACCAACCUAUAA